ACACAUCCACUUAAAGAUCUGCAAUACCUGCGCCAGUAGUGAGAAAGUGUGAACUUCGUCUGUGAAGGCCACCAAAUAUCGACCAAAGAUGGAUAUUCUGACUGUUUUGCCCCCUCAUUUUGGAUAUGUCAUAUUCACAUACCUUUACAGCUGGAUUAUGCUCGCGUAUCUAGGUUUAAAAGUUGGAGCAGCAAGGAAGAAGUACAAUGUUAAGUAUCCAACGAUGUACAGCGACAAGGAGCAGGUAUUCAACUGUAUCCAGAGAGCACAUCAGAAUACACUUGAGGUUUAUCCUCAGUGGCUUAUUUUCCAGACCAUCGCAGCCCUUGUCUACCCGCUGUCAGCGUCAGUGCUGGGUGCCAUUUGGGUGACCAGCAGGCUAUCGUAUGCCUGGGGCUAUUACACUGGAGAUCCUGCUAAGAGGAUGAAUGGUGCCUAUGGCUACAUUGGAUACUUGGGGGUCAUCUUUCUUUCCAUAUCUGUUGCUUUGCAGUUACUUGCCGUUUUUUAAGAUCAUUCCCACCACUUCCCACGUACUCUAACUGAAAAUAUCAUUGAUUUUAUUUACCACUAUUUUACAAUGUGUCAGACUUCCAUGAGAUUGCAAUAUUAAUUGUAUAAUAAGAUGAUCUUCAUGGACUAGUGAAUAUGCACUGUUUUGAUAUGCUAUGUUUUAUUGACUGAUGACAUAAUGACUGUUUUUUUUUUUUAAUCUAACGUUCUCUGCCGUAUUCCGUUAAUAAAUAUAAAUCUUCUUGCUUU